AUGUUUGCAUACAUGAACAUUGUAAGUUUUAUGCGAAACGCGCGCUAUUCAGAUUAACGUACAUUCACAAAAUUCGAAUUUCCGUAUAGUAUUACGGUCGAUAUCAUAUUAUACUGCCGAGUUCAUAAAAUAACACUAAUAUUCGGCCGGAACUCGAUACCAUGUGGACCAUUUCAGCUAUGAUGUUUUAAAGGACGAGUUUCUUUUUUUUAACAUCGUCUAUCAUACGAUUAUUAAAUAGAUUAUUUUUUUUCUCAGUUAAACAAUGUAGCGUACGCCUUACCGACGACGAAAACCGAACUGUAUAUUUACGCCUUUGUCGUACUAUCCGUCAUACUGUGGUGCCGUAUGAGAUGGGUGCACAGACAAUUUUAUCGUCUCGAGCACAAGAUUAAAGGCCCGCCGUCGUAUCCGCUUAAAGGGUCAAUUUUCGAUCUGAGCACGACUCCCGAGAGUAAGCUAAUUAGAAAAAUAAACGUUAUGAUACGAGACAUUUUGGUUUUCCGGCCUCGCAUCCCCGUAUCCCUUUUUGUACUCAAUAUUAUUCGUGAAAAAUUACGUGCCGUUUCAGAAAUGUUGGACAAACUCAAAGAAUCGGCAGUGAAAAACGAAUACGAACCAGUAAAGUUGUGGGUAGGACCAUUCCUUUUCAUCGGCGUCUACAAACCGGAAGACGUACAAGUAAAUCGAUAUAGCCGUCCCUCAUAUCAUUUUCAUAACGCUUUUUCAACAAUCACUAUGAAGAAUAUAUAAACAUCGUACGUUUUACGUUGUGGUUGCAGAUCGUAUUAAACAGUUCCAGCGCACUCGAAAAAGGCAUUAUAUACCACAUCUUCCGGUACGCAUUCGGCGAAGGUUUGUUCACUGCUUCAAGUAAGUUUUCUCGCAUUUUUACAAUUUUAGAAAAAAAAUUAAUAAUAUAAUAAUAUUAGUAGUGGUACAUAAAUUCGGGGACUGGGCUGGAUUUUUAAAAUCUAAUUUAUGUACCUAACAUCUGAAAAUAUUUAACAGAAAUUAUAAAAUUAUAUUAUAAGAAAAUUUUCCAUUUUUGAGAAGUUUAAAACCACAAUAGAGUAGAAUAGUUUUGAUUUGUUGAUUAUUGAGUGUUUCAUAUUUUCCAUUUGAGAAACUUUUUACAUAUCCAUCUGGUAAAAUCAAACUAUAAUCAUCAUCUAAACUAAUACUUAACUUAGGACUGUAUUUUGUUUUUAUAAUCCUAAAAUUAUCACAUGUGUAUUUUUACCCUAGUCUAGAUCAGCAACUUUAAUGAAUUCCUUAAGGUGUUACCAUUUAAUUUUUUCUUAAUAGCUUCCAUUCAUUUAUUAUAGAAAAUAUUUUUUUAAAUUAAAGUUCAAAAUUAAAAAAAAAAAAAAAAAUAGAAAAUAAAAUAUAAAACAAACUUGUAAUAGUUUUCCCGAUUCCAAUCGCAUACACGGUAGCCACCGAUUUUUUCCCUUCCUCUUUUUUCAUAUAUUUUUUAUACACGAUUGGAUUGGAAUAACUAUUGUCCUAAUGUUCUGAACUAUAUAUCUAUCACAUAUGGUCACACGAAUAUAGAUUCCAGUUGCACAUAAAGUUAUUACCACGGGAAAGCUAUUAACUUACCAAAUCGUCCAACAACACAACACGAAUAAGAGUUACAAUCAUAAAAUAGAUGUGGUAUUAUAAAACGAUAAGUUGAAAAACUUACGGAUAUUAUAUCACGCCAGAGGCUGAAUAUUUUUUGCAAAUAUUAUAUGGUUUAAUAAGAGGUUCGAACCUAUUAUCUAUUGAAUUGAAAUAUUUACCACAAGACCAGAACAAUAGGAUAUUAAAGCAGUGGUGGCCAAACUACGGUCCGCGGGCCAAUUCCGGGCCGCCAUAAUUUAUUAUUUGGCCAGCGAAAGUAUUCUACAUUACAGCACUAAUUUGCGUAGCCAUAAUAUUUUACAUUCAUAUUAAAAAAAAAAAAAAUCAAAAAAUACAGUAUAUAUUCUUCAUAUUUAAAAUAAUGUAUUAAAAUAUAAAUAAAUAUUUCCUAGUUUCUUAUUGCUCAUCGGCAUUUACAUUGUUAAUCGGAUAUAUGAAAAUUGCUCAUAUUCUAGAACAGAUUCGAAAUCCCGUAUCGUUAUGCUGUAGCGUUUUUGUUGUUACGUCAUUUAAUAAUAUAAAAAAUAUUAUCGUAUCAUCAAUUAGUCAUAAAAUUGUUUUGUACGAGCACGACGGCUAUAAUAUUAGAUAAUAUUGAUACAAGCACACAGCCAUUAUUCGUUUGCCGUCAGGACGUGACUCGGAAAAUCGACUCGGAACAUCGUAUUUUUAAAAACCAGUGGGAAUUACUUUUUUUUAUAAAAUGGUAAAAUAAAGGCAUGUGUAUAAUAAAUAGAGAAACUAUUUCAAUUUUAAAAAUAUAAUACAAAAAUACACUAUGAAACUAAACAAAGAGACAAAUUUAAAAAUCUAGUAAGAACAGAAAGAGUAGACAAAUUUAAUUUGUUAAAAAAAAUAUCACAAUUUUCAAUAAAACAAAACGUGUCUUUUUUCCGUGCAAGUUAUCGGGUCACUCAGUUAAUAGCCAAAGAAGUGAUAUGUGAAAAAGUGUAUGCUACAUGUUAUUGAUGAAAUGUAUCCUGAGAAAAACAUGUUUGUUUGAACAAGUUAGUCUGUUAUGCCAAGCAAUAACUAGAAGAAUAGAAGAUCUUGAACUUAAUUUUUUUGAAUAUAAUGAAUAAUAUAAGUAUUAUUACCAAAUUUCAAGUCUCUAUGUGUAUUUAUAACCGAAUUACAGCAAAAAAACUAGCAAAAAUUAAAAUUCCUUAAAAGCUCAAGAGUGGCAAUUGUUGGCGGUAAUACCGUAAGAAAUUUAAUCAAAAAAAGCAACAAAAAAGGUAUCUUGUGAUUUUUCGAUUAAAUAAUUUUUUCUGUUAGAAAACGUCGUCUAUGAUUUUAUAAAAUAAUGAAAUCGUGAAAUUUUACGUUACCCUGCGUUUUUUCCCUACUUAGGUGGUUUUAUUUAAAAAAUGGCGUUGAAAACCAAAACAUGACUUAAAAAGUACCAUCUAAACAACUUUAAAUUUUAGAAAAGUUACCACACGUAAAAAUCGGAGCAAGUUUACUAAGAAAAAACGUGUCUACAGACUAGAACAAUGAAGAAGAAAAAAAAUAAAAAAAUAAACAGCAUUGUAAAACCAAUAGCCCCUCGCUACGCUCGGAAUCUUAAAUGUGAAAUAAAGACUAAUGCUAUUUCUGAAUUUAUUUACACUAAAUACUAAAAAUCGAUUAUUGGGUAGUCUAAUUUUGAGAUUUUUUGAGUUUGAAUCGCGAAGCGAGAAAUCAUUAUAGCUCAAUUCUGUUUUCACCCACCCUUACUAAAGCUUAAACGAUCUUUUAGAACAUGUGAUCAAAUUUUGUCUUAAGGAAUUAUUAAGGGGUUUUGGAUUCUACUGGAUCGAUUGCGUUCAAAUAUAACAUAUACCUUCAAAAUACAAUCUUUCUUAACAUAUAGAAAUUUGGUUAAAUUACAAAAAAAAUAAAUAAAUUUAUUAACAAUACAAAUUGUAAUGUUAUAUUAUAAGUAGGUAUGUUAUAAUUUUAAUAACACAAAAAAUAUUAUUAGUUAUAUGUGUAUUUGGUUUGAACAGACUAUAAGCUACUUAACUACUAUCGAUUUUCAUGCAAUGCUUAUCUGUUGUACACACAAUACGUAAUAUAUUAUAGAAUCGAAUCCUUUAAUUUAGAUAACAACAAUAAUAAUAUGUAUUUUUUAAAGAUAGUUAUCUAUUCCUAGGUCAAUGUUUAUGUGAAAAUAGUUUUUAAAAUAUUAUUAAAUUAAAGUAUGUGAACGGACAUCAGGGAAUAAUAAUCUAACUCUAAUUUCUGUUAAAUAUUUUCAGAUGUUAGGUACUUAAAUUAUAUUUUAAAAAUCUAUCCAGCACCCGCAGCCGCUAUAUAUGUUUAAAAAAAAAACACAUACAAUCAUAUAUAUUUUGAUAAUAUCCAUAUAAUACUAUAUUUUAUUUCAAUAAAGAUUUUAGACUAAUAAAUAAUAGGGCGAAUUUAAAAUGAUUUAAUUAUUUAAAUAUUUUAUUAAUUCAUAAAUAUUUAAUAACUUUAUCGCAAUACGUAUUUUAUCUAUGCGAAGUUUUGGUAACGAUUUGGCAUGCUACGUGGCUACAAACAAGUUUUAUAAGAUUACAAUUUUUUUUUUUUUUUUUUUACUUUUCCACCAGUGCUCAAAAUGGAAAAUAAUAUUUUGAACCGUAACACAUUUUUUUUUUUUUUUAAAUACUUAUACAUUAAUAAAUUAUUAAACAGUAAGUGUGUAUGAUAUAUGGACAGCAAUGAUAAAAUGAACAAGAAUUGCGUUGCCGUUCGUUUCGAGCCCUGAAUUAAGCACAUCCUCGGACACAAACAAAACAUAAAAUUGAAUUACAUUUCUAUAGAUAUACUGCAAUGUUGCUAUAGAUUAUUACGUAUCAAAUUACACAUAAUUUGGGUAACGAUUUGGACUGGUUUUUUGAAACCAUAAUAACAGUUAUGCUAUAAAUUGAUGGAAUAGUAUUUAUUUUAAAUAUUGUAAUAUUAAAUAUUUGUAUUCACGAAGGAUUAAUAAAUAAAAUGAGUGGGGACAUUGAGUUUAAAUAUUCGUUUUUGUAAUUCAUAAAGUUUUAUCUAUAUUUUAUUGAAGGAUAGGGGUGAACGAUAUGUUUUGUCCUCCUAUGAUUUGAAUGGUGAGAGGGAGGGGAGGGAGUUAUCUGGUCCGGUGCCACAAAAAUAUAUAAAACUAUUAAUUUACAGUGAACAAAUGGAAAAAACACCGUCGCAUCAUAGCCACGAUAUUCAACACGAAAUUUCUGGAUCAGUUGUAUCCGAUUUUCAACGAGAAUAAUAAAAAACUGAUCGAAGUCCUUUCGAAACACACCAACGACACGCAGCCGUUCGAUGUUUGGGAUUACAUUAUAUCGUGUGAUCUGAACAAUAUAAGCCGUAAGUCCGAAAACGUAUUUAUAACGUACUGAAUAAUGAUUAUAGAAUUUUAACGAAUGUUAAUUUAAUACCACUUGUUGAUUCUAUAGAGUUCGCUUUGGAUUACGAUCGUAUCGAUAAACAAACGUUGGCCGAAUACACGCUUGCCAUGAAAAAGUAAAACAUUCGAUUAUUUGGGAUUAAAAUGAUGGGAUACCCAUGGGAUAUGGUAAACUGCGGCAAAAAUUUUCUUUUUCUAAGUCGAUAUGUAAACCGCAGCAAAAACAAAUUUAACAUUAUACAAAAUGCGCCAAUUUACUUUAUAUACUUCAGGGUGGUCCUUAUUUUCAACUCUUAAAUUUUGUUUACAGUACCAUUUAAUAUUGUUUUAUAUAACAAAUGAAAAAUAUUGGUAAAAUUUGGUAUUGGUUACUGAACCUUUUCCAUGCCUCUAGGGUGUUAAAAAAUGGCCAAAGAGGGCAAAUUUAUGGUUUUUUAUAUUUAAGUCAAAAAGUAUAGCACUUGGCAAACAAAUAGAUAUGAGCUUUUAUGUAUAGCAUAUAAUUUUCUAAAAAUUAAAGAUUUCCCGAGAAAAAAAGUAAAAAAAAAAAUAUUUUAAUUUAUUUGGAGAAAUUUAUAUAUUACGGUUUUUUAAAAUUAUUUUUGGUUUUAAUCUGUUGCUAAUACAUUUUCCUUGUAGCUCGGGUACUUUUUACGAUAUUCUUGAAUAACCUAUAUAACAUACAAAAUUUGAAUUAAUGUAGUAUAUAUUAUAUAUGUAAUACGUAUAAUGUAUAUACCGAUACGAUAAACAGAAAUCUAUUAAAGUAGUAGAGUAAAUCCAAAUUUAUUUUUACAUAGGUACUAAAUAUUGGUUGCUUUACUUGUGAUGAUACUACUUAGACAUCAGUAGACGAAGGUAUAUCAUAGGAAUAAGUGUCAUAUCGUAACAUGGAAUUUGCGACAAUUUUUAGCCAGAAUGGUAAACGAAUAAUAGUUUUAAAUAGUUUUAAAUUUAAAUUUAGAUACGAAUCGAAAAAAAAAAAGUGGUUUUAAAACAUGGGUUUAUAUGAUAGUAGUUUUUAUUACUAUUUAUAUAGUAAUGUUUUUUUCUAUUUCAUAGUUUUAAAAUCUGUUUUUUUUUUUUUUUUUAAUUUACCCAUGUACUCUAAAAAACUCCAAUUGACUAUGUGAGCACCAAAAAAAUAAAAUGAAAAUGUGUUUCGUUAGUCAUUACUUGGUUAUGUGUGUAAUGACGAGGAACGCCAUAGAGUCUAAAAUAUAGGUCUAUGGCAUAGACCUAUAUUCUAUAAUAAUACGUACAUGUUACAAGAUAGUGUACAAACGUUAUCGAUCAUUGAUCAUCUUAUCGGUAUAUAUAUUAUAAUAUAUAUGUUAUGGGUAAAGUAAGUCGGGCACUGUGCACAAUGCACAAUUUUCGAGGAUAAAGUUGGAAUAAGUUUACAUUGUUUAGGUUAUUGUAUACAGUGCCCAAUUAUAUUUGGUCAUUGUACAUUAAAAAUUGAUUUUUUUAUAUUAUUAUUUUCGGAAAAUGUUAUGAUAGUAGAAUUCUGUAGAAUUUAUUUUUGUGAAAAUUUUAAUGUGUAAUAAUAAUAAUCCGAUGAUAUCACAUUUAUAUCCGAUGAAUAAUUUCCAUGAUUUUAGACAUAAUUGUUGUAUAUCUACAACCGUGAUAGUUUCUAAGUAACAGCCGUUUUAAAUUCUACUAAUCCGUGUGAAAACCGAUGUUAUAUAGAAAACUUAACCGCGUAAAGGUAUUUACACACUGCAGCGGUAAUGGUUGGCCGUAGCGGCGGCGACAUGUUAAACUGCCGCUGUGUUCACACUGCUGCGGUGGCGGUAGCUGUUUACUAUGUAUUUAUAAUUUUAAUAUUUAUUUAUAUUAUAUUAUUUAUUUACCUAUACCCAUAAAAUUAUGAAAAAAUAUUAAAAAAACCGCCAGCGGCAACGGUAAAAUUCGGUCAUGUAGCAAUUUUUAUCGCGAUAUUUACCGCGGCCGUUUUACUCCAAAAAGAAUACACGAGAUCUAUUAAACCGCUACUGCUACCGCGAUAAAAUCGGUUGACAGAUUUCACACGGAUUAGUAGAAUUUAAAAUAGCUGUUACUUAGAAACUAUUCAUCGGAUAUAAAUUUGUGAUACAUUAAAAUUUUCAGAAAAAUAGAUUUUAUAGAAUAGCUAUCUUAACAUUUUCCGAAAAUAAUAAAGUAAAAAGUUAUUUUUUUAAUUUUUUUAAUAAAAAAAAAAUUUAAUUCAAAUAUAAAUGUUGGUAGUCCUCAUUCCUGUGAGUAAUAAAAAAAAACAUAAUCUGAUUAUUAUCUCCGAAGAUAUUCAAGGCAUAAAUCUUCGUGGGACAGCCUGUAUACCUAAUAAAUAUAUGAAAUAAAUUGCCGUAGUUUAUAUGAUGUAUCUUAUUGGUUUUGUAAAAUUUUAAAUUGGUUUUUGCCGUAGUUUACAUAUCGACUAUUAUAAAUGGGAAAUUUUGCCGGAGUUUACAUACAACCGAUUAUUUUUGUUAUUAUAUUUUAUUUAUUAACGUUUAAAUUAUGCUUUAUAAACUAUUUACAAAUAUUCAAUAAUUUAGUGUAUCUAUUAAAAAAAAAAAGUGACGGGUAAACGUGUUUUAGGGUUUUAGAAAUAAGUAAGUGCAUUGUAAAACCGUGGAUGUAUCUCUAUUGGAUUUUCACCGUUUACGCGUAUAUCACCGGUCUAAAAGUAUACAUGGAUCAAUUAAAAAGGAUUUCAUUACAGGUGAGUCUGGGUUUAGUUACAAAAAAAAAAAAAAAUACGAAUCGCAAAGUUCGGUCACUUGUGUCCGAAUUUCUCCGUAAUUGACUUAUUGCUGUUAAAAUACUUUGUGAAUUUUUUUUUCAAUAUAAUGUUAAUGAAAUAAACAAAAAGUUUUAUAAAAACAUAAAAAAUAUACUUCUUGAGAUUUUUAGCUAACGUACAAACAAUAUACACAUUUUAACCAAGUUAAAGACUUUUUUGAGUCUUUAAGAGUGUUUAAAACCUUCUGUUUCCUAUGAAAACUUAAAAUCUGAACAUAAAUACAUAGGGGUGUCUCACCGUGUUCAACAGUUCCCAUUAUAUUUUCUUUUUAGAGAAAAAUUAAAUUUUUAUUUUUAUCCCGUAAUCCCUAAAAAGAAAUAUAUUAUUAUUAUUCAUUUACAAUAAUGUUUAAAAUAGUCAUAUUGUAAAAGGUAUUAUUCUAAAAAUUUGAAUACACCAUACAUUAAUAGUUUUUUAGUAACAACUGUUUUGAUUUCCAAUGUUUUCAAUUUAUAAUGCAAUAAAUUAAGCUAUUCCUUAUCGCGUUACGCGGUAGUCUCGUUUUUUACACAUUUUCUCUAGAACUUAAAACGACUGUUACCUACUACAAACCUAUUGAUUAAAUAUGAAUGUAUGAAACGGUACAAUAUUUAGAAUAAUAUAUACAUUUUACAAAAUGACUAUUGUGAAAAUUAUAGAUGUCCUCCACGAUAGGAAUCGGAACGACAAGAAAAUUAUUAACAAUACUAACAACAGACACAAUAUAUAGUGCAAAAGUGUCCAUUUAGUGGGAAAAUUCGAAAAAAAAAUUAAUUGAAUACCAGUAAUAAUCUCAAAUUUUAUGAAUGUAUACAUAAUAGAUAAUAAGAGACAAAAAACUCGAAUUUAAAACCACGAUGGCGGCACAACAGACGAAUAGAUCCACAAACGGCGACAUUACCGAAAAAACAAGUACGAAACCAAUAAAUUAAUUGUUUAAAAAUAUGUUUGCUGGUUAAAUGCACAAUAUCGAAAUGAUUAAAACGGAAUUUCAGUUAAGAAUUCUCCAAAAGUGUUUUUGGACAAGUUGCUCAAGUUGAACAAUGAAGGAGUGGAUUUCACGGACGACGAACUCAUAGACGAGGUCAUAACGAUUACAAUCGCGGUAAUACCAAUUUUAAUAAAACACGGAUUUAGCGGCUUGACGGAUAACAAUAUCAAAAUAAUAAUAUUAUUCGAUUUGCAUACGAUAAUAUUACGAUGGUCUCGUUUAGGACAGUGGUGCCCAAUCAGGGGUGAAUUCCUCUUAGGUGGGAAUUUAAAUACUGCACAGGAGGAAUAUAAUGACGAUCAAAUAACAAGAAUUUUGUGGUUAAAAUAAUUAUGCCGUUUUAUAAUUAGUAAAAUUUAAAACGAUAAAUUAAUUUUAUAGUUGUAUGAUGUAUAGUAAAACGCCAUCUAAACUCUUAUAGUCUUAUAAGAGAUUUUUGAAAAUUUACAAGAGGAGCGUAUAACAAAAGAAGUUGGGAACCACUGAUUUAGAAAAACGUUAUACUUGAAUGUGCUGUGCUUAUUUUACAACCAAGUGACAUGGCACAGUUUUGUUUAACACGGACAACUUUACACCGAUAGUUUUAAUAUUAUUAUAAAUUACCGCGAGACAAUGUCGUAACCAAGAUUUUGUGUUAGGGAGGAGGGCUAAAUACGCUUCUGUUUGAAUCAUAGGCAUAGGUAAAGGAGGUGUGAGAGUUCGAAAGGAUUCCAAAAAAAAAAAAAAAAUUGCUUAUAAAGUAUUUUCAUCAAUAUGCAUUUAUAAUAUACCUAUAAUAAUUUUUACGAAAAUUGAUAAAAUAUCUCAGUUUAGCUUGUAACUGUGUACUAUAAUAUUGUAUUAAUAUAGGAAUAUAUAGAACCCUAUGAGAGCUUUAUCCACUUUGGAGAAUUUUAAGCAUAGACAAUAAUUAUAUCGUUUUUAUUUUUUCUUCUCUUUUAUUUAAAUUAUCCGUGGCUAAUCCAUUGUAUCUUUUUUCUAGUAUAUAAUAUGUAGUUGCUCCUCGUUUUCAUAUGGUCCAGUGUAGAAAACGUUAUUUCGAGAGUGCAAGAAAUAACCGGGGAAACGUAUUUAGCACUCAAAUUAUAAAACGGUAUACGUAAAUAAAUACGGCCCAUGUGGGGGAGGGUUAUAGCCGACCCCCGACUACGCCACUGUCCCAAUAUACCCAAAAGUGAACAUAUUAAUUGUAUAAAACGUAAAGAAAAAGAAAACGAAUACUUUAACGAUAUCAUUUAAAUUUAAUCUAUAGAAAAAAAAAAAAAAAACAAUUAUUUCGGAACGAUUACUGUACUUGUUGUAAAUUUCAGGGUAGUGACACCAGUGCUAUUACCCAAUGUUUUUGUUUACUGUUGCUAGCCAUACAUCAGGAUAUACAGGUAAAUCUUAAGAACAGUUAGCAUCUAAUUACUGUUAUAGCGUUCUAUUCGGCUUGCGUUUUCCACGUAAAAUAUUAAUAAUAACAAUAUGUUGUAUAUACAGGACAAAGUUUACGAGGAAAUUUACAACGUAUUGGGCGACAGCGAACGAGACGUUACGCCCGAGGAAUUGUUUCAAUUUAAAUACUUGGAAAUGGUCUUGAAAGAAACCCUCCGGAUGUUUCCGCCGGGUGUGAUAUUUUCAAGAAAAACCAACGCAAACAUAAAACUCAGUAAGUGACUGUGACAUUACGUAAACCGUAUACUGAGUAGACACUUACUCAAUAUAUUAUAUGAAACGAAACUUUUUUUUUUGUUGUAUAACGCGAAAAAGGAUAAUCUUUUUUUUAUCCAAUGAAUUCGUUUUAUUUUUACGCAGCGAAUUGUGAACUGCCAAAGGGCUGUAACGUUUUCGUGUCUCCGUACGUCACGCACCGUUGCCCGGAGCUGUAUCCUGAUCCGGAUUCGUUCAAUCCUGAAAACUUUAGUCCCGAGAACGAGUCCGGGCGACAUAUGUUUAGCUUUUUGGCCUUCAGCGGCGGUCCCAGAGGUUGUAUAGGUACAGUAUAUUUUAAUAGAAAAAACGACAAUCAGUAGGUGGGAUUUGUAAACCUAUCGUCGCUAAUGAUUACGCUACAAUUAAGCUCUUGAAAAAAAAAUUUAGAAUUAUUUUUUUCGGAAAGCAAAAGGCCAUAAAAGUAUUUUAACGGAGAGUGUUUGUUGAAGUUCCGAAUAAAAAUGACCCAUGUGAGAGUAGUAGUAUGAUGAAAUCGUUGAACAAAGGAAAAAAAUAUAUCAUUCGGACCGUUAUUUUGUAGUCGAGCUGUCACGCUUUUCAUAAUGUACAAUUUUUAACAAAAUCCCAAAAGACGUCGAAUUGAUAAAAAAAAAAAAGUUUGGCUGAAUUUUUUUUCAACAACAAUCUAUAUACAGGCUCGUAGAGUUGUACAAUUUUGUAACGUAGACUCUGGAGUCUGGAUUGACCGAACGUCCGAUUUUCCAUGGUAUCGGUCAUUUCCUCGACAUUUACGUAUAAUUAUAAUAUGAUGUAAUAAGAAAUUUUUUUUUCCCGUAGGUGCCAAAUUUGCGAUGAUCUCUAUGAAACUGAUGGUGAUCACGAUAUUGCGCCGGUACAGCUUGCACACAAACUGUACGAUGUCGGAAAUCAAAAUGAAAAUUGAUUUGUUAGCGAAAAAGGCCAACGGUUACCCGAUCACGGUCCGACCGAGGGUGAACGUUGUAUAA